GUGUCCGCUGCCAGAGUUGAUGCACGGCUCUCUGGAGGUGGAACUGGACGGCGCCGUGCCGCCCACCUCCGAGCCACUGCUGCGCUGCCGCCUCCUGGCUACCGUCGGAAGGGUAAAGCUGCGCACACGCGUCAAGGAGCCGCUGGAGCUGCGCUGUCGGCCGGCCCAGACUGCCUCCGUCAACCUGCCCAUGAAGAACGCAGGUAACAUCCCGCUCGAGCUGCGUCUGUCGGUGACCGGCCUGCGCGACUCGGUGUGGGUGCGGCCAGACCACGUCACCGUGCCACCGCGCGGCGAGCGGGACGUGAUGCUGACGUUCCAGCCGCGCGACCGACACAGCGGCGGCCGCGGCCAGCUGCUGCUCACCGUGCAGCCCGACGGAACCGUCUACGAGGUGGACAUUGUCGGCGUGAUCGGCGACUCUCGAACCGUGGACCGCCUGAGACCGAGCUCGCCGGAGAUGAAGUCGGCCCGCCGACACUCGAAGACCAGGAAGCGGCGCUCCCCGUCCUGUUCACGGUCCGCCAGCAGGUCAAAGAGCAGAUCAGCCAGUCCGCGGCCUCCGCUGGCCAGCGGCAGGGGCGGCGGCAGGGACGGCCACUGGACUGAGGUGCGGGACACCAGCGUGCAGACCAGUGUGCUGGCCCUGGCACCGGCCGGAGACGGGCCCGCCGCCGCCGCCCCCGCCCCCGCCCAGCCGGCGCUCCGACAGCCGGCCGAGCCGCCGCCGCAGCCGCCGAAGUCGCACCGAGUGGCGGCGCCGGCGCUCCACAGUAACAAGCGGCUCCUGCUGUGGACCGGUGUGCGCCGGGGCCGGCCCGCCGCCCGCACCCUGGUCCUGAGGAACAGCUCAGAGACGGACGGCUUGUCGCUGCGACUAGCCAUCGUCAACGGGCCGCAGUUCACGUUCCGCAUGUUUGACGAGGAGGACGGCGGUGGCGGCGGCGGCGGCGGUACCACUACCGAGCUGCACCUACCGGCACGCUCCGGGCGCGAGGUCACCCUGGUCUACCAGCCCAACAAGGUCGAGGUGACGGCCGCUGCGCUGGUCAUCAAGCCCGUGGUGCGGCAGCGCGGCGCCGUCGGCAGCAAAUUCACAAUCCCGCUAGUGGCCUACAGCGGCGCCUCGGACGUCCAGCUGAGCGUCUCACUGGAGAAGGGCCUCCAGCUGGGUGAGCUGUCGCCGGGAGCGACCGUGCGCGCGCCGCUCACCCUGACCAACGUGGGCGACCGACGGGCCUUCGUCACCGUUCUGGCGUAUAGAGACUCGGAGUGCCAGCACCCGGCAACCUCGUCCGAGUUCAGCGCCACUCCGGCUCGCGUCUCCCUGUCGCCCGGCGAGGUGCGUCAGGUGGCGCUGGUGUUGCGCGUGCUGGCCGACCAGCCGCCGCCGGCCACGCUGCGGGUGCUCAGCGGUGACGAGCUGCUUCGACAGGCCAUCGGACAGCUGUCUAGCGACCAACCGCUGUCGUCCCGCCUGCCGUCGCCCGGUCUGAUGGCUGUGGAUUUCACCAGCCCAUUCGAGGGAGAGCAGGAGCCGGCGCCGCUGGAGAUGGAGGCGCUGAGGAAGCUGCCCAGUGUGGCAGACACGUUCUUCAGCUGUAUGAGGCAGACCCGGCUGCCCAUCAGAGCCACGCUGAGCUCUCGCGCGGCUCCGAUCGACUGCUCGGAUGUGUUCACCGUCCUACACGCUGACGAUACGAUGGCCAGCAUUUUGAACAACACCUCCUUCGCCAACGUCACACGGGAGACCCGCCGGCCGGUGCCUACCUCAGUGGCCACGGCUGUCACCCGGGCUGCCCCGGCCCAGCGUUCCUGUCACACGGAGCCGUCACAUGCCGCGGCUCAGAACCACCUGAACACGAGCCAGCGACCUGUACGUCUGCCCGCUCCGGCGCUGCGCGGCCCUCCCGUCUCGGAGGUCUCGGUCGAGUCGGGUCCGGUGGGCGCCGAGCAGCUGGCGCCUCCGCCACCCAUCCUGUCGCCCCCGUGCGGCGGAGUGGCCGGCCGGCCGGCGCCGCUGCAGCUCGCCUCCGACCAGGUGACGUUCCCGACCACUGCUGUGGGACAGCGCUCGGCGGCCUCGCUCGGGUUCACCAACUCGAGCGGUGUGGGACUGCGCUGGACGCUGGAGGCACUCGUCAAACCCUGGAUUCAGAGCACUCCGCGCGCCUGUGACCUGACUCAGGUGGGCGGCGACGUGUUCCGCUUCCACCCGACACAGGGCGACGCGCGGCCCGGUCAAACCGUGUCACUGGCGGCCCGGUUCAGCCCGCCGGCGGCCGGCUACUUCACACAGACCUUCUACCUGGUGACCUCGGCCGACACUGCGCCGGUAGACAGCAACCAGGCGGUGCAGCCGUCCUGCCUCCUGGUGCGUGUGGCCGGCCAGGCCAUCUCGCCAGCGGCGGCGGCCGAGCCCGAGAAGUUCCCUCUGAGUGUCGAGCCCGACACGAUCGAGUUUCCGCCCAACGAGCGAGCCGUCAAGCUGGCCAUCAGCAACCGGACGCGGCUCGACUACGAGCUGGACCUACACGUGUCGGGACCGUUCUCCGUCAACCACGAGCGGAUGUUGUCGCGCGCGCGGCGCUACAUCCACCUGCCGGUGUUCUUCCAGCCGCCGGGAACUGGCGUGUUCACCGGCCGGCUGACCCUCAGUCUGACACAGCCGUCUGGUACGGCACCGCGCUGCUUCCAUGUCACGCUGCUGGGAGAGGUUCCCUGAGAACGGCCGCCGCCGGCCGCAGAGGAGGGGUUCUGUGAUAGAGCGGCGUGUGCUGGUGUGCUGGACGCAGCGGGUCGUGGUGGGGAGGUGACGUGAUCGUGGCAGUGUGACGUUAGCGGCCAUGGCCGUAUGAUGUCGCGUCAGCGGGCAUAGCCGCAUGAUGUCGCAUCAAUUGGGAUAGUCGCCAGCCAUGUCUUCCCCUCACCACUGGUGAUAAGGAGCAUUUAAGUCCAGUGUUGUCGGACUCGCUAUGCCGUCCAUAUGAUUCUUCUCGCGGGUUGGAGCCAGCUUCAACGUCGCUGUCCAAGACUGUCAUUAGCUGGUGGCACCGUGGGCCAGCCGCAGGAUAGUCGAUAAACGGAGGACAUAAGUCACCGAGACUGUGACUCCCUCCGAGGUGUCCACCCCGGGCUGUGUCGCCCUCUGGUUGUUGAGAUUGCGGAGGUCCGGACCGUGCGGGCUCCGGCGGCUACUGCAGAUCUGUGAAGUCAGGGAUGGACGUAACACUAGGGACCAAGCGAUGAGACUUUCACAAGCUGUGAACCGAUUACUUAUAAUAGCACUGCCGCGCCGAUAUCGGGUUUUUGUGAACUGAUUAGUUGACACUCUCACACCUAUGUAAUUAUGCCGGCUCGGAAUAAGUCUAUCUCUCUGUGUAGCUUGUAAUAAUCACGAUGUCUUGACAUAUCUUAGCUAUAACGCGGCAUGGAGGGAAAAUCGGGACAGUUUGAGCACGUCAUUGUGAAGUUCCUGAGAUUAGAGCUUUGUGAUGAGUUGGUACCGAUGUGUGCCCGAGACUGUCGGUUGUUCCCUUCCCUUGUGCCUUCGCUUUUUGUUUGUUUCGCGUUUUUAAUGUGGCAUUUAAAAUAAAUAUAUUUGUGGAAA